ACUUCAAGGCCAAAUGCCGAGUCGUGGUGAAAUCGUCUGCUGAAGUAAGUAGGUUUUAGUACUACUAGUAUGGACGUACUAAACCGGUCAUUUCCCGCCGAAACACGUACAACUACAACAACAUCUCCGACAAGUGCUUCCCUCCCUCAGACACCACGAGAAACUCGACUUUGAUGUCCUCGGCAGCUGCGAGCUGACUAAUAAUGAGAGCUCCAAGCUCAAAAGUCAAUCGUAUACGAAAGGAAGGACCUCGCUUGCAAAUGCGACGGAGGCGGGCCGUACAAGCCUUGAGCGUGCGCCGCCAUAAGGGCCAGCUUCAAAGACUGAGUGCGGUGGCACGGACUCGGCAUGAUUCAUGUUUCACACUCCGGCGUAGUGUUGUUUCUGGGCGACGAAUUCUGUUUGCUUCUCAUUCGAGACGCUGUUCGUCUGACAGCUUCGUGGGAGGUCGUCCCCAACACCCACUUUAGUGGGAUUCCCUCACUUCAAGGUACGAGCAUUACUCCUUCAAUCCCGUGCAAGACCCCGAGGAGCCCAUUUUUCUUAGUUCCAACAGUUAUUCUUUCGCUGACCCUGUCUGUCAAUGUCUUGCGUCCCAACAUUGCGCCUGCAGCUCACUCCUCCAUGUCACAGUACGUUCCAAUUCAGUUCAAUGCCCUUGUUCGACAAACUCCCUUCGUAUAGUCCAAAUUCUAACUUAUCCUAGCGCCCACUGUUCACACCACUCAAAUCAUAGACCUGCCGUCGCCAUCGCGCUCUGGCUUCCGCUCAUUCACCCCCUUUGACAUUAACCACAAGCCUACACCUUUUUAUCUUGUUCUCCUGCAUGGCAAAAGUUGGGACCCGUCAAUUUGGUAGCUGUACUCGGCUUUCAUUCAAAGUCAAUUGAUACGGUCGUUAUUUUAGACAUUUGUCCUGAACUGACAUUCCAAGUCAAACA